CCUCGCCCUCUCGUCCUCCUCUGAUGUUUUGUGCAGCGGAGGAGGCGGUGAGGCGACACUGCCUGAGGAAGUAGACAGAGGGGACCCUGAGACAACACGUCCCACGCCACAACCAGACAGCCGGGGAACUUUGAUUCGACACCUGCGAUGAGAACAACAGAAUGACGAGAAAGAGUCACGUUUCUUCCUCCUCCUCUUCCUCCUCCCAUUCUUCUCCUUGGGAGGCUUAGACGCGUCGGGCGUGAGCACCGUAUGAUGUCCUUGGACUCAGACUCUGUGAAGAUUUAUUUGUGUGAUUUCGCUGACCAGAUGGUUCCGCCUCGUCGUGCCCGUGCCUAGGUCAGCUGAAUGCGUCCGAAGGCAGUCUGAGCGCAUUGUUUCCAGCUCCGGUGCUUUUGGGAUUUCCAGCCGUGAUGUCUGCAAUAUUACGCUCUUUGUUCCUGGUGCUGUUCAGCCUGCUGUCAGUGGGUGCCCAGACGGAGAUAAAGAAGGUACUUGGGGACAAUGCCACCUUACCAUGCUACCACCAGUUCCCAUCAUCUGGCUCUCUUGACAUCGAGUGGCUACUGCAGACUGCUACAUCAAAACAGCAAGUGAUUAUUACCUUCUUCGGGGGCAAGGUGUACACUAACGAGGCCGCGGGCAGCCAGGCCAGUCGUCUGUCCUUUGCGGGGGAGUACUUAGGUGGAGAUGCCUCCCUGCUGAUCAGUGACUUGCUGCUGACCGACACUGGGGAGUACCACUGCAAAGUCAAGUCAGUGGGAAAGUACCACUGGAGCCACGUCAACUUGAUUGUGCUGGUCAAGCCGUCUAAGCCAAGGUGCUGGAUGGAUGGGAAACUCUUGGAGGGCAGCGACGUCAAGCUGAGCUGUAAAUCCAGUGACGGUUCAGACCCCAUUAGCUACAAGUGGGAGCGAGUGCUUGACAAAGGCAAGAGUCCGGGCAAAUUGCCAAACCUGUCUCUGAUAGAUCUGAAGAACCCAGAAAUUGUCACCCUAAGGAAUCUCACCAUGGAGAGCACAGGCGUCUACAGGUGCACAGCCAGCAAUGACGUGGGGGAGGAGAACUGCACCAUCGAGGUCACCAUGCAGCAUGUGAGGGAUGUUGGGAUGGUGGCGGGUGCCGUGGUGGGAAUAUCCCUCGGUGUCCUCAUCGUCAUAUUAAUAAUCUGGCUUGUCUUUCGGAAGAAAGAAAAGAAGAAGUAUGAAGAGGAGGAGACCCCAAAUGAGAUCAAGGAAGAUGCUGAGGCCCCCAAGGCCAAGCUGGUGAAGCCAAACUCGCUGUCUUCGUCCCGCUCUGGUAGCUCGCGCUCCGGCGCCUCCUCCACACAGUCAAUGGUGCACAACAGCAUCCAGCGUGGACACCGCCCACGUCCACCUGCUGUAGCAGCUCUCAAGGAAAAUGGACACCCUCCAGGCUUUCCCCAGUCCCCUCCAGCUUACACUGCAGUGGUGCCCCCCAAGACCCCCGAGCCCCCCAAUACUCCCAAAUUCAACACCAGGAACAUGUCUGGCCCCACACCCCCGACCCUCAUGGUCCCUGCUCAGACCAAGGCCUUUCAGACUGUGUAGGACUGAAAGCCAACUCUUCCCUGCAGCCAUGUAAGACUCCUACCCCUCCCCAAACCCAUAUAGCCUCCGCCCCCCUUCCUAAAGACUGGGACUCUUCCAUAAACAAAGAAAUGCAACUAGUUAAAGGAUGUAAUUAAAAGAAUCAAUACUAUAAGUUCAAAAGUACUUUAUUGAAUGCAUAAUUAAAAAGGGAAAAUAAGACAUGCCUGCCCCUCUACUGAAUUACAUAAAACAAAGAAAAGAGCAGAGCAGAGACCUGAGGUGGAAAAAGUGCUUGUGUCCCAUGGCUAAAGGCAGAACUUCCUUUCCGAGUUCCUUCUUUUGAGUUUAGAAGGCACAAAGAAGCACCUUGUGCAAUGAGGUGGAAGAUGCCCCCUAGAAGAGCUUUUAUUUAUUUAUCAAAUCAGAUGCUUAGGCAUGCAGUGGAGAAAAUGAGUUAGAAUAAGAAAGUUAGAGCAGGAUGCUUAAGGAAAUCCCAAUGUAGUGGAGACAAACUUUUGGUUACCAUCAGUUCCUGAUGUAGAAUAGAGGAUAGAAGGGGGAAAGUGUGUGGAACUUUUAAAGUUUUUUUUUAGAUACAAUGGUUUUCUGAUACAUGUCCCUCUGCACCCCCAUGUCUGGCUGCCUCUAGCGUUCCCUCUAAAACCACAAACCGCUUUGCCUCCCACGGGCGUGGGCGACUGUGCCCAUCCAUGUGAACAGACACGGUGUGCAGCAUGCACAUCAUCUGCCUCAGUGCUCUCGGUCUUUUGUGCUCUCAUAAGGAACCCAGGAGGAACCACAGCUGUCCUGAGACUGACUCAGCUGACUUGUGAGUGGCUCAUCUGCCUCAUCAGUUGGUCGGGGGAGCUUCACCUACAAGGAUUUGGUACUGACGGGUGAAUUCAGAUCAAUGGAGUCCCUCUUCCCAUACUCUAUCUACAUUGAACCUUUCUGGUACUAAAUAUUCUCCCUGAAUAAUUUACUAAUAUGUAUUAGACCUAUAGCGAUACUUUAAACAUAGGAAUAAGCAUCUAUUAGACCAGCUGGGUUUUCUUUUCUUCCCUCUCUGCUUCUUCUUCUCCCUAAGAAGGUUGUACAGAGUGACAGACAGCCAAGUAUCCAAUCAUCAAUAUAUAGAAGUGCCACCAGUCCUUUGGAUGGGUUAGUGUUGGUAUUUGUUUAACACUUUUGUUUACCUGCUGUGUUUUCAAACUAAAGCCAAAUUUGGAAACCAUGAAUGUGUGAUGUAGAAAAUGGUGGAUUUUCAUUGUUUUCAGCCUCUUGUAUGGUUCUGCAUCAAGCUAAGACACAAAGAACUGACCAUGACAUUAAAAAUAACAACAAUAUGUCAGAAUGAAAAAAUAAUGAGUGCAAUCCUUGAUAAUUCAGUACCUUUGGGUAUGUAUGGUGUCAAUGUCAAUGCUCUCCUUGGAUCCAUAACUGUGGUGUGGCGCAAGAUUGUUGCCUCAUCAAAUUACUUGCCUGGGCAAGUGUUUCCAUUUGUCGCACCCUCAGAGAGCCCCCUGCAUUUUGACUUAAAUGGGCAAGUAGCCUACAUAGCGUGCCUUUGCAAUCCCUCUUCAUUUUGAUGGUUUCUUUCUGGGUCCUUAUCUUCAGCGGAUGGUUCAGUCUCUGUUAGAAUUUGAGGGUCAACACCAGGAAAUGCACAGAGGUGCAAAGUGGAUAAACAUGCCUGGGUGCUGCCAAGCACCUAGCGGAGUGAAAGGUGAGGAAGCAAUCCCACGCCACAGGACUACGUACUGUACAUUCUGUAAUCAGUCUUGUUUUAUAUUGUACAUACUGAUAGAUGUAUGCACAUGAUGUCAUUCAACUUAAUAAUAAGAGUAUUUAAGAGGGAAAUUUCCUUCUAACUAAAGAGUCAAGUCAGAAAUCCAAAGGGAGUUUCAUCUAAGUGGCUUUUAUGUUCCUGAUGCCAUCUAAGGUAUUUUCAUCAUUCAUCAGCAUUCAUAAUUCACAAAUAAUUUACAUGGUGGAAUGUUAUAGGCUCACGUGUAGAGAAAAACUAUUCAUUUUGUUGGGCCUAAGCUAAGUUAUCGUUACGUGCACUGCCUAGUUUCUCUUUUAAAGUAAGAAAUGUUUUAUGAACUUCGUCUGUAGAAGCAAACAAAACUGAAUCUCAAAUGUAAACGUGUAGUUUUCGGCUAUCCCCCGGCAAGAAGCAAAAAUCUGACUAAUUGGACAAAGAGUAUGGUUGUAGGAAAUGCUUGCAGUGGUCACCAUCACACUUUAUAGGGUGUGAAUGGUUUUAGCAGGCACAAAGCUUCUGUAGUAAGGUGGCCAUCAUGUUGGCUUCCUGUUUGGGUCUUUGAUGGAGCAUGGGGACUUCCCUUGCACUGGCAUGGCAGGAUUUGCAUAAGUGGAACUGGUCACUGAUUUCAUGCACUGGAUAUCACUCAGUCACAGUGUAGUGUUGUGUCAGUGAGUCCUGCUCCUCUGUGGUGCAGCUGCAUCCCAGCAUGGUCUGGAGAAGAUGAGCCCAUAUGGAUAUGGCGAGUUUUUGGGCAUAUGUUGUAGGAUCGUUUUGGAAGCACAUAGCUGACUUAUGGAACUGUAACUCCCAGCAUUGGGUUUUGGAUCCAAAUGUUGGUUCAAGACAUCAACAUAUACAUAUAUGGACAAUGGGUUUCCAUAGACCCCAAAAACACGUUUUUGAGGAGAAAUGGGAGGUGGCCACCACCGCCAUUUUGACCGUGUCACAGGUUCCGUCAAGCCCAGACAAUUUCAUAAAAGGGAAGAGAGGUGGAGCUGAGGGAGGGGCUGUAAGGCUGGGAUCAACUGACGACACCUGGUCGAACUAGCCACAAGCUAACCUGAAGCUAACCCAAAGCUAACGCGGAGGUGGGAGCUAAGCUAACAGAGGUAGCAACCUAGCUACAACUGGAGUUAACUGUGCACGACACCAGAGCUUCUGAGUCAGAGAUACGCCGGGCUGACCGCUGGGUAAAACCGGGUGGAACACAGAGGUCUCCCGAGAGCUCCACAAGCCGGCAGCCCGCACAGCAGACAGAAGCCGUGAUCAGAUAGAGAUGCGCCGAGCUGCGGGGAGGGGAGAACCGGGUGGAAAACAUCAGUUUCCAUCCGAGAGCUCCACUAGCCAGCAGCCCACGCAGCAGACAGGAGCCGUGGUGAUCAGAGAUGCGCAGAGCUGCGGGGAGGGGAGAAACGGGUGGAAAACAUCGGUCUCCCGAGAGCUCCACAAGCCGAUAGUCGGAACCCAGCUCCACCAACAUGUUAUAUUUCAACCCAUUUUCUAAAGUGCAGCAUUAUGUUAAAUGCACUGGGUUUUACCCUAUUACAUUUAAAUUUCAUGGCUAAAUAGUACAUGUUAAAAUCUAAGCUCAGCUCGGCAGUGACCUAAAAUACAUAAAUAUAAUUUUACUUACCAAAAAAAAUGAAGUGGAGACUCCUUGGAUGCUCUAUUAGUGCAAUUAAUGCCACAGCAAGUCAUUUUGUCCAACAAUUGCACAAAAAAUAUCCAAAAAUCAACGCACAAACGGCACAAGUAAUGGUCUAAGUUGAGAGACUAAAAAUGACUGAACAGUUUUCAGGCGAGACCAAGGCUCAGAGUAACGCCUUUCCCCGGAGCUAGCUCUGCGGUCACGUGGGUCGGAUGCUCAUUAAUUAUACAGAAUUUUAGACUUUUAAUACACUUAAACAGAAGAGUGAGAAAAAAAUUCACCGCCCUCAGAGUUGUCAUGAGUGUAAACUAGAUCAUUUAAACCAAAAACAUGUUUUGGUACCAGGCUUUAAACAUGUUUAUUUCUGCUGUGAAAUUGGUAUUUUUAACAUGGGAGUCAAUGAGGAUUUGCUCGCUUAUGACACCAGCCCCUAGUGGAUGAGGCUGGAACUGCAAUUUAUUUCACUUCUGCAUUGGUCUCAAUUUCUGUCCCGCAUUGUGGGCUUUUGGUUCAAGAUCUUGGAAUAAUCUACAGAAAUCAAAUUACAAACAUGCCAUUUCUACCGUUUUCUUCACAAUGUUAAAAAAAAUUUUAAUGGUUGUAUUGUACAACUAGCAACAUUUUGAGUCACAUCUUUUUUGGGAUGGUAAGAUGUGAUGGUGCAGGACAGAAUCUCAGGGAUGCAGUAGGAAGUACCAAAUAUGUAGAAGUGUUGGUUGCUUUCUUAAAUCGGGUGUGUAGGCCAUAGAGAGAGUUACUGGGCCCUCAUCUUGUGUGAUGGAAGUCAUAAAUGGAUGCAACACUCCAACGCUACAGAAAGUUGUUGUAAAUGGCCACUGUUAUCCUUUAAAGUAUUUCUACUCUGAUGGGAUUUGACUCUUUCGGGAUAACACAUCCAUUGAACAAGCAUCAUACUGUAGAUAAAGGUUUUGGUGGCCAUAAGUGAUGAGAAAUUGUAUACUAGCAUAUUUGAUAAACCUCCCCUUCAUUAAAGCAUAUGAAGACAGAGCAUAUGUAUUAAAAGGCUCAAGUGGUUCCUGUUGGCCCAACAGCUUAUUCUUUUAAUUUGUCACCAACACAUCAAUGUCAUGGUUUAUUGUUUCAUAACCAAAUGAUCUUUAUUCUCAGGACCCUAUAUGAGUAGCAGAGGAUUAAAACUAGAACGCACCACACUUUCAUUUUGUAGCUUAGCGUGACCAUUGUCUAUCUUUAGGAAAAUUUGGUCACAUUUCAGUUUAAAAUCUGCACCAUCUGCCUGGUAAGCACAUGCUGUUCGAUUUGACAGAACACAUGAGAUUUCACACACAGCUAAACUGCGAGGGGAAUCUACAAAUAAGAAAAAACACAAUGCCUUUUAUUUUUAACAAGCAACAGUGGUUCACAUCUGACCAGAAAAGCUGUUUGUGUAUGCAGUCAUGCACGGUUGCAUGCUUGUCAAUGUGUAUGUGCGUGCAUGCGUGUCUGUGUGUGCGUGUGUGAGAACAUUUGGUGUUAUCCCCAGGGUCACACCCAUACAUUUUGAAGUGUGUCUUUCUUUGUAAGAAGGGUGCAGUCAAGUAAAGUAACCUCUGCCUAAAUGUCCAUGACAGCAGACGGGCAGUAUUUAUUUUUGUUGUGUUUUGUUAUUUUUUUUACUGGAUUUGGCUUCACAGGCAGCACACAUGGUUUUGCUUGAGGGGGCGACAUCUUGAGACAAAGAACGUCCAUAAUUCAUAACGAUCAUCAUCAGCUCUGGAGGCUACUUGUACACUCCCAUCCUGUAUUGCUGUUUCUUAAAAUAGAAUGGCCCUGGGUGUACUGUCAGCAUCUCAAGGCACACACACACAUGCACGCACGCAAUGCAAACAGGUACAAGCUGUACAUAUAUACAUCAACAGGUAUAAAUAUCAUGUAAGAAAUGCACACAAGAGCAUGAUUUUGUGCUCUGUGUACACACACACACACACACACACACACACACACACACACAAGCGUUCGUGCCUCACAAACACACGCUUUGCACAAACAAAAGCCCAAAUAGAUUUCCCUGUUAUUUCUGCUCCUUCCGAAUCAAUUUGAUGGAUCGAAUGUCUGGAAGUAUUAUGGCUGACUGAUGGAACCAGGAUACCAAAAGCUGCACACAAUAGGACUGUCAACACUCAGAGGAUAUCUGCACACACACACACACACACACCCACGCACAUACACACUCACAGCUACUGUAACAGAACACACACACUUGCAUGCACAUACAGCAAAGCACACACCGCCAUGCCUCCUAAUCUUGAUGGCAAUUUCUUACUUGUGUUUUUUAUUAUUAUCCACAUUGGAAUCUAGAAGAAUGGUGGAAGGAAUGAGUAGUGUUAAAACUGGUUAGGUUCUGAGCCAGGGCUGUGGGCUCUUGUCAUUGAAAUUCCCUCCUCAGCAGAUGAAAGUAGCAAUGGAGGUGGAGGAUGGGACGCGAGUCUUCCAGCUGUUAAAAUACUCCAAGCUUUUUGAUUUGCUCUCUAGCUUCUGGAAGUCUCAGGUGGCAGAUUCCCAAGUUUAUGAACUCUCACAUUCCAUCUCACUCCGUGGCCUCAACAAACUUGUGCUUUUUUAUUUAUUUUUCCUCCCAAACACAUUAGGCUGAAGUCGUUUUUGCCAGUCAGGUGAUUGUAGGAGGAACACCUUAACACACCUCAUAGCUCACAGUGUCACCGGCACAUCUGAUCCUUUUAGAGUAUCCAUCAGAACUGCAUAUGGUCUUGUUAUCAACACCCAAAGGUGCAGUUAAACUGUUAAUGGUUAUCCUGUGGUACAUGGUAGGAGUAUGAAUCUCAUGUAGCUAUGGUAUUUUACCUUCUAUUAGGCAGUUUUAUUUCUGAAUAAAGCUGUUGAGCAGGGCAACAUGUGGUUUUUCAGUCAGUAUAAGAGAAUGUGAUGUAUUAUUACUUUACAAAGUGGAGAUGGAUGGGGCUUCAUUCAACCUCAAGACGAAAGACAAACAGAUGGCAAAGGUACCUGCAUGUCAUAGAAGAUUGAGCAGAUGAAUGGGAAUGCUUUGCUUUGAUGUAAUAUACUUGUAAUCAAAUAAAAGUUAAAGAAGAUCUGAAUUUGUAAAUACAUUCACAAAAAACAUUUAAAGCUUUAUUUUAUGUCUUGUUCUUUUUCAUCCAUGUACUUUGCACUUUCUUGUGUGCUACGCUCAUCACUGGUCUGUGAGGAGUUGGUGAGGUUGGCUGUUUCCAUGUCAGGGUGGGGGUGGGGUGGGCAGUCUCAGCAUGGUAAAGGGAAAUGUAAAACGUUUGUGUUAAAUUUACUGUCAUGUGUUUUCUUAUUAUUUUUUCUGAUUCAUUCUUUUUGGUUUUUCUAUAAAUCAAGGAUUUUUCUUUAUUUCAUUUAUUUGAUGAAAACAAUCCAUGCAAAUAUCACAAGUAAAAAAUGUAUAUUUUUACGACUUUUGAGUUAUUACUCUUUCAUUUGCAAAUAAAAUAUUCAAUUACAACCUUA